CUGAUUGGAUUCUUUCUGAUUACAGAUGAGCAGCCAGCCGUGCUCAAUCGUAUCACGUGCUCCUCUCAGAAUUAGUUCAUGAAACUUCACUUGUCUCUUGUGAAUCUUAAAAUGUCAUUGAAUUAAAAAGCGAUGCAUGUGGCAGGACCAGUGAUAACCGCAGAAUUACUGAAAACUCAAGGAAGUGCCUUUAUCAGAUCAACAAAUUAUCUGUAAGUAUAGCUGGAGCUUUCGAAUAAAUUGUCUUGUCAAAGCAAAUUAUCAUUGGUAUAAACAAACACCUCUAGUAAUCAUUUGUUUUAAAAUUGAUUUAAAAUGUAUCUGUAUAUUUUAAAUUCCCAGCACUGGGUUGCAGCUGGACUAAAACAUACUGUUGGUAGUUCGUUCCACUGGGGCGACCUAUAAUAAAUAAGGGAUUAAGCUGAAGGAAACUGAAUGAAUGUACAUUUUAAGUUUGCUUCUACACAAUACUUUUCAGCCUGCAGUCUAAGUUUGGGUUACUAAAUGAUAGCUUUAAAUUUAAGAAAGGUAAGUGUAUGUAUGAUCACUAAUGUUGUUUUUAUUAUUAUCAAUAAUAUAGUGAAAAGCUGUAAAAAGUGUUUAACUACCAUUCUGAACAGGAUUCAGUGUCCUGGUCUCCUCCCCCCUAAUCAUUUCCUAAAAAUUAAUGCAAUCAUGCUGGAGUGACAAAGUUUGCACAAACCCGAAGCACUCAACAAACAAGAGCGAUAACAUAAUUCAGUGAAGUCUUGCAGAGUAGCUGGCACUUGAAGAUGCACAGAAAACAAACUUUCUCUGAUUUAUUUCAUUUAAUUUGCUUGUUUCUCUAUUAAAUUAUUGAUCAUCAUGAGGAUAAGCUUUGCAAAGAGUUUGUUUCCAGUUUUGUCUGUCGCUGUGGUUUUUCUCUAUUUGAGCUCUGUGAAAUGGGAGAUAAAAACGCAAGAGGAGAAACUUCAGCGAGUCCAGCAGAACUUGUCACUGCACAGCUCUCUUCUGCUCCACAAGCUGGACAAACUGGAGGCUCAUUUGAUCGCUGUGGAAGAGACACGCCUCAAUGUAAAAAAUGAGAAGAAACCAGCAAAGAAACUAUUCCCAGAUUCAUACCUCUUCAAGAGAUGGAGUGUGGAGCUUUCAGAGGAUGAGCAGAGGAAAGCUGAGGAUCUCUUUCAGAAAUACGGAUAUAACGCCUUCCUCAGUGACCGACUGCCUCUGGACCGAGAGCUGCCGGACACUCGAGACCACAGAUGCGCUGAGCGUGAAUAUCCUCCCGAUCUGCCCACCGUCAGUGUGGUGCUGAUUUAUCUGGACGAGGCUCUGUCUGUCAUUCAGAGAGCCGUUUACAGCAUCAUCAACAGAACUCCAGCUCAUCUGCUGAAAGAGAUCAUACUGGUGGACGACCACAGCACUAACGAGGAUCUGCAGACGCAGCUGCAUGUUUACAUCAGCUCCAUCAAUGAGAAGCACCCAGGCCUGGUGAAGAUGGUGACCCAUGCAGAACAGAAAGGCCUCUCGCAGGCCAGGAUCUCAGGCUGGAAGGCUGCCAGCGGCGACGUGGUCGCCAUUCUGGACGCCCACAUUGAGGUCCAUGUCAAAUGGGCGGAGCCUCUACUUGCACGCAUCCAGGCUGAUCGCACGCUAGUCUUGAGUCCUGUGUUUGAUAAAAUUAAUUAUGACGAUCUGGAGGUGACUAAAUACAUUGCCUCUGCUCAUGGUUUUGACUGGGCUCUCUGGUGUAUGUAUGUGACAUUCCCGGAGAAGUGGUACAAUCAAAACGACCCUUCGCUGCCAGGAAAGAGUCCCUCUGUAAUGGGAAUACUGGUGGUGGAUCGUCUGUUCUUCGGUGAGAUCGGGACUCUGGAUGAAGGGAUGCAGGUGUACGGAGGAGAGAAUGUUGAAUUGGGAAUACGGGUAAUUCAUCAUCAUACUGAAGCGUUCAUCAUUUUACUAUAUUUACAUGUUGAACAAUGGUGUUGUUGCUCAUUGUUGACUCUUGGAUGUGUUUUGGCUCAGGUGUGGCUGUGUGGAGGGAGUAUAGAGGUUGUGCCCUGCUCCAAAAUCGCACACAUUGAAAGAGCGCACAAACCCUACAUGCCCGACCUGAGUAACGUCAUGAAGAGAAACGCCCUCAGAGUGGCCGAAGUUUGGAUGGACGAGUACAAGAAAAAUGUCUACAUGGCUUGGGGGCUUCCCAUGCAGAAUCAUGGGAUAGACAUUGGUGACUUAUCAGAGAGAAAGAAACUGAGAGAGAGGCUGAACUGCAAACGGUUUAAAUGGUAUCUGGAAAAUGUCUAUAAUUUGUUAAACCCCAUGGAUGAUUUGCUUGGUUAUGGAUCGCUGAUUAAUGAUCUGCAAACAAGUCUAUGUUUGGACAAAGGGCCGUCAGAGGAGAACACUCCCAUUUUAUAUCCAUGCCAUUUUUUAAUCUCACAGCAAUUUUUCUAUACAACAAGUGGAGAGAUAUUAGUCGGUCCCCUUCAGCCCCUUUUACACAGCCGAAACCGCUGUCUAGCUGAUCCAGGAUCGGGCCGGUUUCCAGAGUUUUCCUGGUGUUCAGACACAGAGAAACCAAAACACAUGUACUGGGACUUCAAACAGGGACAGGCCAUACAGAACAGAGACACCAAGCGCUGUCUGGAGAUCAGCACCAAACAGACAGGAGACUAUAAAAAUAACGUUUUCAUUCAGCAGUGCAGAAACCAACACUGGAGGAUACAACAUGCAAUUCGGGACUUUUAAGCACAAAAUAUAAUAAAUUGUUUGUAAAGAAAUGUAUAUAUAUGCGUUGAAUUCUCUCUUUAAAAUGAAAUAAGCAUUGAAACCGGGAAGCAUUUGGUCAAGUUUUAGCUGUAGUGCAGUGAAAAAGUGUUUACCCAAUGCAAAAUGAUACUCUGUAAAUGUUUACAAAAUGAAAACAAAGUCUAACACUAAAGGAAAAGCAGCCUGGGUUGAACCAAAAGGUCAUUUUAAAUGAUAAAAUGACAUACUGAUGCAAAAAGUCAUCCAAUUCUAACUGUAAGCCUGCGUGAAAAAGUUUUUGCCCCCUUAUUCCCCAAUCCAUAAAGCCAGUUUCAUAUUGUGAAUACACCUGAUUACUGUCAGUAUUGAUUCAUUGCAACUUUAAUUAAUUAAUUUUCAGAAGUUGGUGAAAAGAUAUCACUGAGUACUUUACGACAAACACUGAGAACGUAUUCCCUUUUUUAUAUGUAGACAUGCAGUUUGUUUUCCUGUUUCAGUUUGCGGCCAUGCUUUUAGUUUCUUGGCUGGUUUAUUCACCCAUGAUGGGUAUCUGUAUCUGUUGUUAUUCCUUGUGUGGAUUGUGCCUUUCCUGUGGUUUCACAAUCAGUUGUUGUCAGAUUGUGUGUUUAAGCUUCUGUUCUUUGUUUUUGUGCAUACCUGUCAACAUUGGGAUGUAAAUAUAAGGAAUGCUAACUUUUUA